AUGGCAGAUAAUCAGGCAGACAAUCCUGAACCGAGAGAAGGUACCAGUAAUUCUGAAGUAGUUUCAGUCCGAUCAAGGGCAUCUAGUGUCAUUUCGACCGGGACAAAAUUCAGCAUUUCCACCUUGCCGCAAGGGCAUUUCCAGAUUGACGAUGUCCUCGAAGGCAACGCUGCUCGAACUACCUCCACUCGGCCUGGAUCCAUGUACAGCAUCCGUUCCAUUGCGCCCUCUCUACCCCCGUAUGAAGACCAAGCACCCAGGCCAGCACCCAUCCAAACCUCCGCGCCAAGCGGCAACGACUCAGAGCAACCGCCAACUCCAUCGACUGCCGACCCCGAAAAUGCUCUCAGUAUUCAUUACGGCCGUGUCGUGCGCACCAUCGACGAAAAUCACGCCCGUCAGCUUGCCCGCAUCUAUGAGGCGCAUGAUCAACAGUUGAAAACCCAUGUGCAAGAACUGGCCGCAACCCGAGAAGCCGUCGACCAAGCUUAUCGAAAAGAAUGGAAGGCCAACAAUCGCGAAAUAGAGCGCAUUCGCGAAGACGCUGCUGCUAGCGUUGCUGAAAUGCAGAAAACGCUAGAUCGAGACUUAGAGAGAGGUAGGGAAGGGUGUGCUGCGAAAGUCGCUGCACUGGAAGAGCGAAUUCAGUCGCUUUCUAUUACUCAUACCAAAAGUCUAGCGCGUAUCCAGCAGGAUGCUACUGACCAAGUUAUUAUGCUUCAUGAGGAGUAUCAGGCGACUAUCGACAAGGCGAGGAACGCUAUUGAGGACCUUUGGGAGGGAAGGUGGAACGAUCGUACGAGACUUGCUGCUGAGGAGGCGCAGAGACGCGAUCUGGAGAGAGACGCAGAGUGGCUCAGGCUAAUUGAGAAUACGCAUCCAGAGCUUCUGGAUGAGAUGAGGACUGCGAUGGAAGCUUCUCGUGCGAAGAAGUAA